GUCGCUACCCACGCAGCAAAAAUGGCCUCAAACGCACCGAAACCGAUACACAGUCUAGUUAUUGAUGCAGGUCCGAUAAUCAAAAAUGAGCCAUCUGUUUCAACCCUCCUAGGACAGGCCGAAACGCUUUUCACGAUCCCGGCCGUUAUCGAUGAAAUCCGCGACGCAGUGACAAGAGCUCGAGUAGAAUCGACUCUACUGCCAUUUCUAACGUUGAGAUCACCGAGAGCAGCAAGCAUAAAGGUCAUCACGGACUUUGCGAGGAGGACUGGGGAUCUGGAGGUGCUCAGUCGUCCGGAUAUACACCUGAUGGCAUUGGCAUACGAGCUAGAGUGCGAAAGGAACCAUGGAGAUUGGCGGUUAAGAAGCUUGCCGGGGCAAAAAAGACUUAAUGGAGCGCCACCUGCUUCUCUGAAGAGUGAGAGCUCCUCGGAGACGCCUGCAGAACAGGCUGAGACGCCGACACAAUCUGAGCCGACGACUACACCUGAGACGAGUGCCACAGUCCCCGAGCAGGUUAAUGAACCUGUCACAACCACUAUCGAAGAAUCCCUUGAAUCCACUCAUAUUUCUUCGCCGGAUGACCAAAACAAGGAAUCAAACCCGGCGGAGUCUAGCCUUACACCUUCUUCAGAACAGCCAACCACAGAAUCCGAUCAUACGGUUGAAGAAGUAGAAGUCUCAGGAUCGGAAGACUCCGAUGAGGAGGGCUGGAUCACACCCUCGAACCUCAAGAAACACCAAGAAAAGGACGCAAACUCUUCAGCCGAACCUCAAGAUGAACCCAAGGUAAUGCAAGUCGCAAUCAUCACUUCCGAUUUUGCCAUGCAAAAUGUUCUUCUACGCAUGAACAUCAACCUUCUCUCUCCGUCUCUACAGCGAAUACGGCAGCUUAAGACUUGGGUCUUACGGUGCCAUGCGUGUUUUGAUAUCACAAAGGAUAUGAGCAAGCAAUUCUGUCCUCGCUGCGGGAAACCAACGUUACUUCGAACAUCGUGUUCAACAGAUCAAAAUGGUACUUUCAAGGUACAUCUCAAGAAGAACAUGCAAUGGAACACCCGAGGGAAUGUUUAUAGCAUCCCGAAGCCAGUGGCAGGUUCGUCGAAUGGGAAGCUUGUUGCAGGAGGAGGAAAGGGAGGAUGGGGCCAGAGUUUGAUCUUGGCAGAGGAUCAAAAGGAAUACAUCCAAGCCAUGACAGGGGCGAGGAGAAAGAAGGAGAGGGAUUUGAUGGAUGAGGACUACUUGCCUAGUAUCCUGUCAGGUGAUCGAGCCAGAGCGGGUGGGAGGCCGAAAGUGGGAGCUGGGAGGAACGUGAACUCGAAGAAGAGACGUUGAUUUCGUCUGUUCGAAUUAUGACAUUGCCGGCGUCGAAGAAAAUGGGACGAAAGGGUCAUAUACGGAACACAGGAUAGAUAGAACUUGGGAAUCUUUUAUGACCUUUUUGACGUAAUAUCCAUGCAGCAAUCGCAACAAUAUCUCAAACACCACCUAACUCCCAUACUCCACGAUAUGCCCCUCCCUCCU